AUGUCCAUGCGUGGGGGUUUCCAUUUUAGCACCCCCCAACACUCCAGCAACAGCAACUACCCGCCGCUCUAUGAAGACCCGCAAAUGGGUGGGCCUUCAAAUGCAGUUUCUGAAGUCGACUCUGCACCAGUCGCCCCAGCACCACCCAUGGGUUAUGAAAACCCAAUUCCAUCUUACCCAGCAAACUUCAAUGCUAUCUACCCUGGUCCUUUUCCACCUACGUACCCAACUGGGUACCCUGCAUAUGGGUAUCAAUACCCACCACCUCCACAGCCUCAGCAGCCGCAGCCGCCGCAGCCACCACAAAUUCAACCACCGCAACAACAAGAAAUCCUCCAAAGGUUGCACGAGGUGGAACAAAGGGUAGACGAAGAGCGUAGAAGCCGUCGCGGUCUUCUAAAGGGUUUGGCAAACCUCAUUAAGGGGAAAAAGAAGAGGGAUUAUUAG